CUUCAACCACACCGCAUGCGGCAACCACUACGCACAGGCACAUGCUUGAGCAACGAACCAAGAGAGCCUGUGUUCCGAUAGAAAGCAAGAGAGCAAGAUUGAUUGACACCUUUGGAAGCACGUCCCUCCCGCAACGCUGUUGUCUUUACAGAUCCAUGCCCGGUGGCCAUCAACAAGAGAAGACUGAGUGAGCCAUGGAUCUGGCCAUGGGGGCCAUGGGCUCCCUCCUCCCCAAGCUGCUCGAGGUCAUCAAGGACGAGUACAACCUACAGAAGGAAGUUAAGCAAAAGGUCGAGUCCUUCUCCACUGAGCUGGAAGCUAUGCAAGCUGCCCUUGGCAAGGUGGCAGAGGUGCCGCGGGAUCAACUCGAAGACGAGACCAAAGUUUGGGCUGACGAAGUUAGGGAGCUGUCUUACGAAAUGGAGGAUGUCAUCGACUCUUUCCUGGUGCGUGUUGUGGGCUGCGACCCCAACCCUAAUGAUGAGCAGAACAGGCUCGAGAAGCUCUGGGUCAGCUUCAAGAAGCUGUUUAAAAGGGGCAAGGCAAAACAUCGGAUUUCCACAGAUAUUGAAGAGAUUGACAAGCAGUUGCAAAAAGUCGCCAUCCGACACGAAAGGUAUAAAACUCCUAAUCUACCUGCAGCCACAAGGGCCACCCUUGAUCCUUUCUUGGAGGUUCUCUAUGGAGAUAAGAAGAAUAUCAUCGGCCUAGAGGAAGCAAGGAACGAUAUUAUCAAGAAGAUCACUGAGGGUGACUGUAAGCAACUCAAGACACUCUCUAUUGUUGGAUUUGGAGGAUUGGGCAAGACUACGCUUGCCAAAGAAGUAUAUGAUGCCCUUGCAACAAAAUUUGGACACAAAGCUUUUGUGUCUGUGUCUCGGAAUCCCGACAUGAGGAAAGUAUUAAGCGAUCUUCUCUUUAAACUUGACAAGAAAAUACAUGCUAGUCAUAAUGCAGAAAAUUUGGCAGUAGAGAAGCUCAUCAUCCUAAUUAAAGAAUUUCUUAGCAACAAAAGGUACUUUAUAAUUCUCGAUGAUUUAUGGGAUAAAAAAGCAUGGAAAGAAAUCAGUUAUGCACUUAUGGACGAUGAGUGUGGAAGUAUAAUAAUCACUACAACCCGCCAUGUUGAGAUCUCUAAGGAAUGUUGCUCUUCUAAAGAUGGUAUGAUUCAUAAGAUGAAAUCUCUCUCUGAUGAUGACUCACAAAAACUUUUCUAUGGAAGAAUAUUUCUAAGUGAGGUGUGUCCUUCUCGGUUUGAGAAAGUAUCCAAAGAGAUCUUGAAGAAAUGUGCAGGGGUACCAUUAGCCAUCAUUAGUCUGGCUAGUUAUUUGGCUAACAAUCAGAACAGAGACCAAAUUGAUCAAUGGGAAGCUUUGCUCACUUCUAUUGGCCGUGGACUUAAAAAUGGUGAUGAUCAUGUGGACGAGAUGAAGAGGAUAUUGUUAUUGAGCUAUUAUGAUCUCCCUUCCUAUUUGAAAACAUGCUUUUUAUAUCUAAGUAUCUUUCCCGAAGAUCAUCAAAUUAGCAGAGACCGGUUGAUAAGGAGAUGGAUUUGUGAAGGUUUUAUCCAAGUAAAAGGUCAAACCAGCCCACUUGCAGAAAAUCAACCUAGUCUCCUUGAGCUUGGAGAUGCCUACUUCAACGAGUUAGUAAACAGGAACAUGAUCAUGCCGAUAAACAUACAUGGUGGUAGGGUUGAAGCUUGUUGUGUACAUGAUAUAAUGCUGGAUCUUAUAUGUGAAUUGUCAAGCGAAGAAAACUUUGUUACUGUAUUGGACUUCAUCAAGGGAGACACACCUUCGGAAAAGAAGUUCCGCAGGUUGUCCCUCCAAAAGGGCAUGACAGAUCCCACCACUACUCGGAUGGCUACCACAAGCAUGUCACAAGUGAGGUCUUUUACCACUUUUAGUCCCUCUGUCAGUAAGAUUCCAUCUCUUUCUAGAUUUCAAGUUUUGCGUGUAUUGGAUCUGGAAGGUUGUGAUCUUCAAAAAAUCCCUGGCAUUGACCUUAGUCAUGUUGAGAAGUUGUUACAUCUGAGAUAUCUGGGGUUAAGGGGCACAAAGGUUGGCAAGCUCCCUAUGGAAAUAGGAAAGCUACGGUUUUUGCAGACACUAGACUUGCAAUUGACCAAUUCAAAACAAUUGCCGUCCAGUGUUGUUCAGCUGAGGCAUUUGAUGUGCCUAAUCCUUGAUUUUGAUAUGCCACUACCAAAAGGGUUCAGCAACAUGACAUGCCUUGAACAGCUGAUGGGGCACAAUAUGGGCUUUGUUUCUGAAGAAACUGCAAAAGAGCUGGGCCAUCUGAGCAGGUUAAGAGAGCUCGCCUUUAGAUUUGAUUCAGAUAUUGGCGAGGGAGUUGAUGAAGCUAGUAAAGCUCUGAUUGGAUCCCUAGCCAAGCUAUACAAACUCGAGAGCCUGGAGAUCUCCUCUCCUAAGUAUUGGUUUGACAAUGUCCUUAUGGAUUGGGUGCCGUCACAAAACCUACAAAGGCUUAGAUUGUACGGAAAAUUCAGGAGGUUGCCUACAUGGAUUUGUUCUUCGUCUCUACCUCUACUCUCCUACCUUGAUCUAACUGCCAUAGAAGUGCGAUCCAGAGAUAUCCAGAUCCUUGGGAUGCUGCCGGCUCUCCGUUAUGUCUCCCUUGACACACGCAGUACCAAAGUAGUGGUGCAGAAGCUAGUGGUUAGCGCCGGUGCCUUCCUACAGGCGAGGGUAUGCCUUUUCCAAGGAAUUAUACUAGUGAACCCUACGUUCCAGCACGGAGCUAUGCCAAUGGUUCAACGCCUCCGCUUCGGUCUCCGAGUGAAUGACAUCAUCAGUCCCGACUUCAAUUUGAGCACACGGAACCUUCCUUCGCUACAGCAACUCAGAAUUGACCUUCUCGAUUAUGAAAUCAAACCUGAGGAUUAUUCUCAAGCCAUGGACGCGCUGAGGCGUGUGGCAGAAGGCCAUCCUAAGAAUCCCACCCUUCGUGCUGAUAAAUUCAUUUGAUGAUGGAGAGGCCGAGUCAAGUCAAGCCGAGCGAUGAACAAAAUCAUGUGUCCUCAAGGAGGUGAUUUCCUCGGCGGCAUCGACUCUGUCAUGCAAAUCUCCAUCUUCCUAGCCCCAGUUACAUGCUUUCGAUCUUCCCCAUCUUAAAUUCAUGUACCCUCUGUAUCAUCGAGAUGAACUUAAUUCUGUGUGCUUUUGACUGUACUGUUUAUUUGAUGAACCAACUUGUUUGCUCAGUCUGUAAUAAGGCUAGUUUGGUGGCACGCCAGGUUUUUUGUCCCUUAGGUUAUGUUACCAGCGAAUGUAACUAGAGGGUUUUCCUGGUGUGCGUUGAACUCAGCUAACCUAUUUCCAGUUCUAUUGUUGUGUGGAAUACUGUCUACAUUCUUGUAAGAUAAAAUUUGGUGAUAUUCUAUUCUGUUCUUGCUUUCCA